GGUACAGCAAUGUUCGUAUGGGCAUGAUGGUUGCAAAAAAAACCUUGUUCAUUGCACAGUAUUUGUACAGUUAAUGAGUCGACAAGAAGCUUUUGCGUGACGACAGCGGCCAGGUAUUGUACAGCUUGCUGGAUUGAUAAGAAAUCAAACACUCGCGUCACACAGUCGUGGAUCGGAUCAUUUGCCGUAUAGCAGUGCGUCGGUGCAUGUAGAGUGUUUCGAUUAGCUGUGUGUCUUUCGUGUUUGUUGCGUCUGCAAAAUGUUUGAAGCUGUUCGAAUCGGAAAUCUAUGCACCAGUGCAGUGCUGCUGGUGAUUGCAUUCCAUUCCAGUGGAGUUGUAGCCGAUGCAUCCACCGACCAGGGAACGAUCGACCUGAACAGUAUCGACAUCAACAAGCUGAAAGAUGAUGUAUUCGCGGAGAUACUGCCCCCCGAGUUCAAGAACGUAACACUACCCAAAAUGGAAGACAUCCAGAAAAUCAUCAAAGACAAAUGUUCCCGUGUGGCCGGCAGCGAUGCGUCAUAUGAAGAAGCGGAACAAGCCGCCCAGAAGUUUGGCGAUUGCAUGAAGGAUUUGGUAGACUUUAGCGAUCUGCAGGAGGAGAUCAAGAAGGCGAAACCAACCGGUGAUUUGGAUACCGUGUUCAACAAAUACUGCCGCAGGCGUUCCGCUGCCAUUGAGUGCAUCGAUACGUUCUCAAACAAGAUAGACGUUUGCUUGGAGAAUGACGAAAAAGAAAGCAAAGUGGUGGCGGUGAACAUUGUGCAUGGUCUUUUAAACUUUGUCUGUCAUAAGGAUGGCGAUCAGAUUGCCUUGUUCAUUGCAGAGGAAGGUCCGGAAUGUUUUUCCGACCAAAAAGACGCUCUGAUGGACUGUGUCAAUGGUACACUGUCCGGGUAUCUGAAGGACGAUUCUGCCCCAGUUACCGAAGGUCUGCCGAAGCUUGUAAUGGGCAAAAAGCAGUGCGACGAAAUGAGCUCACUUCAAGAAUGUAUGGUGCAGGCUCUGGAAGGCUGCAAAGAAUCCACACCAGCCAAUUUGGUUGAAUCUUUGUUCAAGUUCGUGCGGCGGGAAACACCAUGUGCCAACAUUACGGGUGAAGCAAAUCCCAGGAAACUUGCCCGAGCUGGUGGAGAACUAGCGAAAGCUUCCCAUCAAAUCAUAACGUCCACGUUGAUAAUGGCGUUGGUUGCCAAAUUGUUAAUAGGCUGAAAAACCACCAAUUUUGUGUCCAACGAAUGUUCCUAGUUCGAAGUUGACUGAUCAAUGUGAACAAAAUCUUUCUUACAGAACAAACUGCAAACCACAUCAGGGGACUUUUUAGAUAGUAAAUAGAAAGUGUUUGCGAUGCUCCAUGUUUGAAUUUAUAACAGUUAAUAAAACGUUUCCAGCCGGACUUGGUGAAAAGAGGCCAAAGUUUAAAUAAUAGUAUGUAAUGAUGCAAUGAAUUUGGCACUAGAAAAAGGGUCCCAAACCUUAAUCGCUGUUGUUUUUCCACGGUUCGGGAUUGACGAAAAUCUUCGACACAGUUCCACGCAAAGUAUUAGGCCCCUGAUUAAGUGGAACCGGUUUCGGUUUAUGUUUGGCACUUUUCAGCCAUUGUUGAUAAACUUCUUUCGAUAUUUUCUUUUUUUCCUGCUGUAU